GGAAGAAAGAAAGAAAGAAAGAAAGAGAGAGAGAGAGAGAGAGAGAGUAGAUGAAAUAGAAGUCGACAGACAAGAGUACCAAGAGUUAGUUGGAUACUUGAUAUUUUCUUUGAAAGUCAUUCUGCUACGUAGAUAUUUUGAAUUUAUUAAGUUUUUUUUAAGAAAAAAGAGUGAGCCAAGCUACGAGAAAGAGAAAUAUAUCCACAAAAUGAACGGAAGUCAAGUGAUAUACGUCUUUUUCUUCUUCGCAGUCGCCAUUACCGUUGUGGCUGGGGAAUCUGGAUCUGUGGAUAUAAAGGAUCUCACAGUCACGCUGGACUGUAAACUUAAUGAAAAAAAUGAGGUGACAUGGUCCAAAAAUGACAACGAAAUUACUAAAGAACCAGCAGGGAUCUUGACCCUAAGGAACUACGAUGACAAGAUGAAUGGAUUUUACAAGUGCAAAACAACAGAAAAAACGCAUUACUUCUACAUCAAGGCCAAGGUGUGUCAGAGUUGUGUUGAUCUGGACAUGACGACUGCAUCUUUGUUGGUAAUCGGAGAUGUACUGUUCACAUUCGGGAUCGUGGUUUUAGUUUACUUCUGCACAAGGAAGAAGUCUGGAACUGCUGCUCCUCAAAGAGCGAUACCGGGACGUCAACCAAGGGGUCCAGCAAGAGGACCUCCACCUCCUGACCCUGACUAUCAGACGCUGAUCCAGGCCACACGUUCCAAUGACGUGUACGCUCAGGCACAGCCACAUCGGCGAUAGUGGACCUCUAAUCACUGGAACUUAUUAUAAACAACCACUUUAGACAGGCAUGGGAAACCUGGCACAUCUUGUGUUUUUCUCACACACACACACACACACACACACACACACACACACACACACACACACACAAAGAACCAACUUGUAUUUUGAUCAGUGUAGAACAUUUCCAAUAAUAUAUUUUUAACAGUAGCUCCACUGUACCUAAUAGUUUUGUCAUAGUCUGUAGUUUUUGUUAAAGAAAAAGGAAAUUCUCACUUAUAUUAAUCAAAAUUAAUUGAAUUAAUCUAAAAUUUGUGUCAGUAUGAGGAAAUAGGUACAUGGCAGUUACACACACACACACACACACACACACACACACACACACACACACACUGUAUAUAAUAUAAAUAUGAUAUAUUGAUGAUAUAAUGAGGUAAUAAGACAUUUAAAAAUUUACUAUUGUGUGACUCAAGCUAUGAUAUACAGUUCUGUGCAAAAGUCUAAGGCACAUGCAUGUAAAGAAAUGAUGUCGACCAAAAAUGGCUUAAAAAGAAUGAAAUGAAAUGUUUCAACAUUAAAAAAAAUACCAUAAACAGUAAUCAGUAAGCCAUAAUAAAUGAAACAAAGUCAAUAUUUGGUGUGAGACGACCCUUUGGUUUAAAAAAAAAAAGUAGUCGUCUCAGGUCCAGUGAGUGCAGUUUGAUGUGGAAAUGAGCUGUAGGUUUUACUGAGCAUCUUCCAGAACCAGAACCAGUUCUUCUGGACACUUUGACUGUCACACUCGCUUCUUCAUUUUGCACCAAAACCCAGCAGCCAGGGCGGCACGGUGGUGUAGUGGUUAGCGCUGUCGCCUCACAGCAAGAAGGUCCUGGGUUCGAGCCCCGGGGCCGGCGAGGGCCUUUCUGUGUGGAGUUUGCAUGUUCUCCCCGUGUCCGCGUGGGUUUCCUCCGGGUACUCCGGUUUCCCCCCACAGUCCAAAGACAUGCAGGUUAGGUUAACUGGUGACUCUAAAUUGACCGUAGGUGUGAGUGUGAAUGGUUGUCUGUGUCUAUGUGUCAGCUCUGUGAUGACCUGGUGACUUGUCCAGGGUGUACCCCGCCUUUCGCCCGUAGUCAGCUGGGAUAGGCUCCAGCUUGCCUGCGACCCUGUAGAAGGAUAAAGCGGCUACAGAUAAUGAGAUGAGAUGAGAACCCAGCAGCCUUCAUUAUGCUUUCUUUUGUAAUCUGAAAAGUGCUCUCUUGUGUAAUAUGCUAUUCAAACAUUUUUUUUCUUCUGUAACAUUUAAUUUUGUGCUGGAAAACGAACGUUUGGACUCUAAAAUGUUUUCGUAAUGUUUUGACUUGAUAAUGUAGAGGUCAUAAAAUAGAAAUCUAUAACAAAGUUUGUAUGAAAAAAUUACAAUAGGGUGCCUAAGACUUUUGCACAGUACUUUGUUAUUAUAUUAUAAUGAUGCUACCACAAAAAUAAAUGGACAAACCACUCAAAUUUUUUAAUAUUUUACCCUUUUUUUAAAAUUAUCCUUUAGUUCAUGGACCUCAGCAUGUAAUGUGACCUUUAUAUAGGUUCCUCAGAACCUAUAUAAAGAUCAGCUUGGUUGAUAAGUUUUAAAGUUUAUAUUGUAUUUAGGACCAUGUACUGUACUUGUACAAAUAUUUCCAUUUGCAUUCGGUAAAUUUCAUUUUCAUUUUCAUUUCCUCUUAAACUGUGAGGUUUGCAAUUUGAUUAAUAUCCAGUAAAAUGCACAGCUCAUAACUAUGAUAAACAAUGAUGCUUAUGCUCCAGGAUGUUAUAUUGACUCAUGAAUAUAAAUUUCUUUAUAAAAAUCUUUGUAAAAGUACUUUUAAAUUUUGCAGUAUUUAUUUGUGUGCCUUGUUUUGGUUUGAAGAAAUAUUCAGAUCUCAUAUUUUCCAUUAUGCAAAGGAUUACUAUUGGUUUCGAAGAGGGUUUUUUUUAAUCAUUAUCAGUUUUUUCUGUAUAAAGCAUCCUUCCAUUCAAUAACCAAACGUAUAGCGGUAUACAAUGAUAUUCACAGUCAUUUUGAAUAUUUUUUAUUUCUCUGUGUAAAUAUAUAUAUGAACUGUCUAAACAUUCAUGUUUAUACAUUGGAUUUGAUUAGUUUUAGUGAAAUAAAAUAAAACAUUGCAUACAUUUUAAUACAAAUUUGAAGCUCAUGACUCCAUUGCUGAUUCAUACAGAGUCACGCUUGCUAUGUUUACUAGAAAUGAGCUGGAAAUAUCUACAUUACAUUCCGUGGGAUGUCAAGUUUCUGUUUUACGACUUGUUUUUAAACACGUCACUGUUCCAAACCAAUCAGACGGGCUGACUCAUGGAGAUAUAAACUUUUUUCAUACAGUAUGUGCACGUAUGUAUGCGAGCUUUUCUCUCAUCUAUAACAUACUUUUUUUUAACGUGUCUAAAAUGCUGUUUUUGUUGAGUUUGCACAAUAAAGUUGCAUUUGCAAUACAA